CAUACAUCGAAAAGGCUGCCAUAAUCAGUGACCUCAAAUUUCACCAUUUAUAAACUCUUCACCCCUUUCAAUAAUUCAUUUCAUUCUUUUCACAAUGGCUCAGAAGGUGUCCUCAAAGUUCUAACCAUGACAGAUGAGAAGACCAAGAAGAAAGCCAUAGAAGCGGCUGCAGAUAUCUACGGUGUUGAUUCAAUAGCGGCGGAUCUAGAGGAACAGAAGCUGACGGUGGUAGGGCAGAUGGAUGCAGUGGCGGUGGUGAAGAGGUUGAAGAAGGUAGGGAAAGUGGACAUUGUAUCAGUUGGACCUGCGGUGGAAGAGAAAAAAGAGGAGAAGAAAGAAGAAGCCAAGGAAGACAAACAAUAAUAGUAUUAGUAUCAAAUU